AUGUACAUAUUGCACCUGAUUGUUCUUGCAGCAAGUGCCUUCAUGCUGGAGGAAACAAGCAGUAACAUGUUUUACAGCGAUAUGGUCAAGAACAACAAAUGCGUUAUGUUCGUCAGAAAAAACUGCUGGUUCAGUAAGAGUGCACGGGACAUGGCACUCGAGAACAAUAUCCUAUGCAAGAUAAUUAUUGCUGAUGACAACAAAAACGCAGAAGAAUUCUCAAAGCAAUACAAAAGCACAUUCCCCAACAUAUUCUUAGAUGGCAGCUCAAUCGGUGGCUUCAACGAGUUCAAUAAUAGAAACAUCAUGCAGGUAUAUCCAUUCAAUCACAAGCCAUUCGAUCCUAACCCCAGGCAUAUAAGCAUCAUCGAUAAGAUAAUCUAA